AUGGCUCUGCUGUCGUCCAAAACGCUUAUUCGGGCACAUGCCCUGUUCCUGUUCGUUCUCGCCGUGUACCUGACCAAGUCCCCUGAAGCCGUCACCGAAUCCGACUUCAUUUUCAUGGUCGGCGAGAUGGUCCAAAUUGACGCAGCCCCAACACUAUCACGCCCUCAGUCACCGUUCGCCAUGUGCGGCAUCCUUCUCAUCGCUGACGCUCUCGUCGACCUGAUCAUCCUCUCCAAAGUGCCUUGGAUCAACGAAAUCAUCGCUAUGGCCCAGGCGGCCCGGAGCGAGUCUGCCGUUCCUGUCCCUGGCGCGAUGCGACACAACCCUUUCCUUGCACGUCUGGCUUCUCUGUACUCGGAAAUAUGGACCUUGCUUUCCGCGGUGCGCUUCUGUCUAUUCUUUGCCGUCUCAUUCUUCAUCUAUCAGAGUAAACCUGAUGCCUGGGGUGUGAAUGUUACUGCGAGAGGUACCGAGUAUAGCUCGACAGAGGCUUUGUCUGGCUUGGACCAGCUGAAGAAUCGGGUUGUUUUCACAUAUGGGUUCAUGGAGAUGAUGUUUUGGCUUUGGAUCUUCAUCACACUCCGCGAAGAACGGCAGGAAAUAGCUACUCGCUUCGCCGGACGCGGGGAAUAG